AUCAAAAUAAUGAACAUAGUUUGGACUACCUACUACUUAUACCAUUUUUAUUUUUCUGUGCAUAUUCACAGCGAACAGGCGUUAAGUCUACUGUUGAUUUUAUUAGCUCUAAACAGAAAGACACACACUUAUAGAAAUAUAGUUAUCGACUAAAAAGUUAAAAUGUCUAAAAGUGAUAUUAUAUACCUACUAAUUUUUUUUUGUAUUCAACUUGUAACUAUCGAUGUCAACGCAUCACCGGUAUCAAAUAAUGAAAAAUAUCCUCAAGUUUUGGAAGAAAAUUGUCCAGAUUUAAAGGAAUUAUUGCUUGACCAGAUACUAAAUGGAAAAAAUUUUGUCCUUAAUAAUAUGACAACAGAAAUCAGAGAAGAAUAUUAUCACAACCAAACAUGUCUUUAUCAAUCUAUAGGAGCAAUAAAAGACGAUAAUUCCAUUGAUUUGACAUCCUAUUUGGGCCUUGACGUAUAUGGUAUUAGAGUGUGGCCAGCGAAUUCUCCUAUAUUAGAAUUCAUAAAAGUUUUUGGAAGCUGCUUUCCAAUAGAAAGUCACCGUACUGCAAAAGAAUCAAUGAAAAAACUAUUAAUUUGUAUGAAUGCAAACAGUGAGAUGUAUCAGUGCCCUAACCCUAAUAACAGUUUUGAAGAAAAUCGCUACAAUUAAUGUACUGAUGGAAUGAUAAUGAUAUUCACAUACACGAAUCCCAAAUUGGCAAAAUUAUAGCUUUGCUCUGACCACCAUCAUAGCUGUAUACUAGCAAACUUCAUGAGCAUUUGUCUACCGUUACUGCAAAAUAUUAUUUAGAAAUAAUUUAUAUUGUUCUUUGUGUCUUUGUUUUAUUCGACAAUUUAUAUUUUGAUAAUAAAUAAACUUCUCUCCAAGUAAUACGGUUA